AUGUCGGCUGUUCCGGUGCUGGUCAAACAGAUGGGGAUGAGUGAACAGCGGGCUUUACUCGGGCUGUCGGCCUAUGUUCUGGGGUACGGUGCAGGACCUCUCCUGUGGGGUCCGAUGAGCGAGAUUCCAUCCAUCGGUCGCUCCGUGGUCUACUUCAGCAGCUUCGCGGUCUUCAUCGCCCUCACGGUGGGCGCCGCCAGCGCGGACAGUUUCAGCGCGUUCGUCUUCCUCCGGUCGAUCCAGGGGUUCUUCGGCAGCCCAUGCCUGGCCAACGGGGCGGCCAGCAUGUACGACAUGUUCGACGAGUACCAAUACCCCUACGCGCUGGGCCUCUGGACGGCGGCGGCCUACUGCGGGCCGGCGCUGGGCCCGUUGCUGACGGACCACCUCGUGUACCAGCUCUCGUGGCACUGGUCCAUCUGGCUGAUCGCGUGCAUGUCCGCGCCGGUGGGGGUGUUGCUGUUCGUCCUGCCAGAGACGUACUCGCCCACCGUCCGGCUCCGGCGGGGGAUCGCGAUCGCCUCCGCCGGCACGACCGACAUUUCCGCCUGGGACCGCCUCAAAUUCUACCUCGUCAAGCCGGUGCAGAUCACCCUGCAGGACCCGGCGGUGUUCUUUGUGAAUCUGUACACCUCCUUCAUCUACUCGAGCUACUACAUCUUUUUCGACUCGUUCCCCGUCGCGUAUCUGGAGGGCUACCGAGUCUCCACCGGGACGUUGGCCUUAUUCUACCUGAGCGUGCUAGUGGGAUGCCUCGUUGCUGCGGCGGUGUACUUUCUGAUCCUGUUGCCAUAUAUCUUCUCCGGCCGGACCCCUCCCCCCGAUCAUGAAGCCAAACCCGACCAUGCGAAUCCCACCUCCAACAACAAGGGAAACCCGGAACGCAACCUCCUCCCCGCCCUCCCGGCCACGCUCUUCCUCCCCAUCGGCCUCUUUCUGUUCGGCUGGACCGCCCGCCCCGCCAUCCACUGGCUCCCCAGCCUGGUAGGAGUGGUCCUCUACACCGGCGGCGUCUUCGUCAUCUUCCAAUGUCUGUUCCUGUAUCUUCCGCAGAUGUACCCGCGGUAUGCGGCAAGCCUGUUCGCGGCGAAUGACUUCUGCCGGUCGGCGCUGGCGGCGGGCUCCAUCCAUUACGGGGUGCCGCUGUACCAGAAUCUAGGGGUGGGGAGGGGGUCGAGUGUGCUGGGGGGCGUGUUGGUGUUGGGCGUAGUUGGGAUGGCGGGGAUUGUGGUGUUUGGGAGGAGGUUGAGGGAGGGGAAGGGGCGGUUUCGGGAUCCGGAGAUUCUCUAG